AAGAGCUGAUGGUCUCAGAUCCUCGAUUGCCUUAUGUUCAGUAUUACAGACAGGCUGAGAGCAGUCUCCAGGCAUUUUUGCAAAUCAGACAUGAAUGGGAUUCCUUCUUAGUGCCAGAGACUGCCCCAGCGUCCAGUGCCAUCCCAAGCUCAUGGGUUUUCCCGGAACCUCCGAGCAGCACGAUAUGGGCAACAGCUCUGAAAUAG